AUGGCUGCUCUAUCAUCACACCCGAAUUACGGAUUUCAUCUGGGAGGUCAGGGAUUGGACAUUCCUACCCCAGGGGACUAUGCUCCACAGAGUACUAUUAGCCCCACCGAUAUGGAUCUGAAGCGAGUUAUGCAUCUGUCGCAAAGUAGCAGUUUGGCGGCUAUUUCUGCUGCCAUGAGUGGCUCCCCUGUUGGUGGCCACAGUGCAAGCAAUGGCAACCCGAUUAUGGGAACAGCCAGCAUGGGACAUAUGAAUGGCCAGGGUAACAACCACCAUGGCCUCAGUUUGGGUAACAACCUGAACCACAUGCAGAAUACAGUGAGUCAACACACUCUAUCGCCCAAUUCGUCGAUUGGAUCCGCGGGAAGCAUCGGCAGUCAAGGUUCAAUUGGUGGAAACCAUGGACUACACAGUGGCAAUAAUAGUGUGGGCCACAGCCAUGCCACUUCACCCGGGCAAGAAGGCCACAUCAAGCGUCCUAUGAACGCGUUCAUGGUUUGGUCCAGGUUGCAGAGACGCCAGAUUGCCAAAGACAACCCUAAAAUGCACAAUUCUGAAAUAUCAAAACGCUUGGGUGCCGAAUGGAAGCUGCUUGCCGAGUCUGAAAAACGUCCAUUUAUCGAUGAAGCAAAAAGGCUGCGCGCCCUACACAUGAAGGAACAUCCCGACUACAAAUAUCGCCCCCGUCGCAAGCCCAAAAACCCAUUAACAGCUGGUCCCCAAGGCGCCCUGCAAAUGCAGGUGAAUGCACAACAGAAACUAGCAUCUAAUACAAAUCCUGGUUCCGGUUCCUAUAAUCCAUUCCAUCAACUGCCCCCCUACUUUGCUACAUCACACCACCUGGAUCAGGCCUACCCAGUUCCCUACUUUGGCGGUUUCGAUCCCCUGGCCCUCUCCAAGCUGCAUCAAUCCCAAGCAGCAGCCGCCGCAGCUGCUACAAAUCAGUCGCACAAUGUCCUCGAAGCCCAAAAAAAUGCCCAACUGCCGCCCACAACCCUAAGUAGCUUUUAUCCGGGCAUCUACUCCGGCAUUUCCGCACCUUCUCUGUAUGCCGCCCAUUCGGCCAAUGCCGCUGCCGCCGGUCUCUACAAUUCGUCGUCGACAUCAUCGCCCGGUUCCUCACCCGGCACAUCAACGCCCAACGGUUUGGAGGGCCACAUGGACAAUGCGCUGCGAAGACCAGUUCCAGUCUUGUACUGAAUCUGAUGACCUGCCUCCGCGAUGACAUCCCACAUCACCACUCGGCAGCCAAACUGAAAAAUGACGAAUCUCCAUUGUAAAUUAUUUUUAUGUUAGUAUUAAGUAUAUGAAUGUAUGUACGUCGUCUAUAGCAUAUGUAUGUAUAAUGUUUAAGUAUUAUUAGUAUUGUUUGUUGUUUUGUUUUUCUCUCU